UAUUAAAUUGUUAUACUCUGUUUAUCUUUGAUACUUUGUUGACUGUGUUUUCGCGAGUAAUUUUAAAAUUGACGUGAGGUAAUUUGUUUCUUCUUAAAACUGCGAAAACAUGUUUUCCAAGUCAAAUGCUGGCUUGAGUGUGAGACCUAAUCGUGGCGAAAUUAUACCUUUCCCUCAUUUCGAAAAACCCAGGUCGAUAGGAUAUUUUAGCAUAGUAGGCGGAGUUUUGCGAGAAUAUGAGGCUAGUGCUCAACAACUACGUUACUACAGACCUCCAUCAUCUAAGAAAUUUCCUCUUGAUUUAAAUGAAGGACUCAGAUUAGCCAUUAAAAAACCAGAAGCCGUACAAGAGGAGGGACUUGAUCACUUAUUUAAAUUUAUUUUUGAUAAUCGUGAUCGGUUAACUAGGCCUUUGUUGGGUAGCGAACACAGAAAACGCCUUAUCGCCGAAUUUGUUUGCUGGCGAGGACUCUUACGAUUAUUGAUGUGCACUCCAUAUGAAUAUCGAAGUGAUUGGUCAAUAGUUAUAACACGAUUCAAUGGUACAUUUUACCUUUGGAAACGUGACACGGACUAUGAUAAGAUGCAGCGCGCUCAAGAGACGGAACAACAACGUACAUUUGCUUCAUGGGGUUUUAAAUUUGAGCAAUACUGUCUGACAGAAUCGCCAUUUCUGGAGCCGGACACCAGUGCACCAGUUGAUGAAUGCAGCGAAUUUUCUUGUGUUUUUUCAACAAAAAUUGGCGGUCUGGAUGUACUGUACGGUGCUGAAAUGGAUGGCGUUGUAAGUGAGCAACCGGUAUUGCUUGAUGAUAACCCAACAUCUUUAGAAAAUUUAAAAUUUGUUGAAGUAAAAGUACGUCAAGGAAAUCUGAACAGAAAUCAAAUGCAGUCUUACAAACGUCAUAAAACUCGGAAUUGGUGGUGCCAAUCAUUUUUGGUAGGUAUUCAAGACAUUUAUAUGGGCCUACGGAAUGAGCGAGGACAAGUUGACCGCAUCGAACAUGUUGAAGUUCGCUCGCUACCAAAGCAAGGAAUAAACCAAUGGACACCAAAUGUAUGUGCAGCGUUUUUGAUUGAUUUCUUGAAUUACGUAAAAUCGCUAAUGUCAGAAGUAAAUUGUCCGUAUACCGUUUAUGACUUUUACUUCGACUCCAAACGCGGUACUAUAACGUAUGAAUGCAUAAGAGGAAAGAGCGAAUAUUCAUUUCUUCCUGACUACUAUAUUGAGUUAAUGAAUCCAGCAAAGAAACAACCACAAUAAAGGAAAACUUAUUUGUUAGGCUUAAAGAGUAUGUAUAUAAAAAUUUAUAUAUAUGUGAAUUGAAUUCAAGUAAAUAUUUUUCAUAAAAAAUAAAACUAAUUUUAUAUCAUUCCUA